AUGGCAUCUGCAACCAAUACUGGAUCCGACGAGAAGCCAGCGGACAUCCUCGAAGGGGAUAUACCGUCGGCGGAUCGCCAGGCCUCCCUUGACCCGGAAUCUGAUGUGGAGGUUCCACUCGAGGCGGAUGAAUUGAAAGAAGCCCUUGGGCGACCGCCUCCAGUGCACAGCAGCUAUCUACCACUUCCCUGGAAAGGACGGCUAGGAUAUGCUUGUUUGAACACCUACCUCCGAUAUUCCACACCUCCCGUCUUCUGCUCGCGUACUUGCCGUAUUGCCUCAAUCCUGGAGAACCGUCACCCUCUUCAAGAUCCCGAGCAACCCGCUCACCCGACCAAGAACCGCCCCGACCGCGAACAACUUGCGGAUGUUGCGCGAGGCCAAGCCUUUGUCGAGGGGCUCGGGUUGACGAACGCGCGUGAUUUAGUUAAGAUCAUUCGCUGGAAUGACAAAUACGGGAUCAAGUUCAUGCGUCUCAGCAGUGAGAUGUUCCCAUUUGCCAGUCACAAAGAAUACGGCUAUAAAUUGGCGCCCUUUGCGUCCGAGGUGCUAGCAGACACAGGCCGAGUGGUGGCUGAACUAGGACACCGAGUGUCUGUCCACCCUGGGCAAUUCACCCAGUUGGGGUCACCAAGAAAAGAAGUCAUAGAGAGCUCUUACCGCGAUCUCGAAUAUCAUUCAGAGUUGCUCCAAUUGCUCAAGCUGCCUCCUCAGCAAGACCGGGACGCGGUCAUGAUCCUCCACAUGGGUGGAGUCUUUGGUGACAAGGCAGCAACCCUUGACCGGUUCAGAGAAAAUUAUGCUUUGCUUUCAGAGGAUAUCAAGAAGCGAUUGGUUCUGGAAAACGAUGAUGUGAGCUGGUCUGUUCAUGACCUCCUGCCUAUCUGCGAGGAACUCAAUAUCCCUCUCGUUCUCGACUAUCACCACCACAACAUAAUUUUUGACGCCAAUGAGGUCCGGGAAGGCACAGAGGACAUCAUUCCUUUGUAUGAGCGCAUUAAAGCAACCUGGUCUCGGAAGAACAUUACGCAAAAGAUGCAUUACUCUGAACAAACGGCCGCUGCUAUUACCCCGCGGCAACGGCGCAAGCAUAGUGAUCGUGUCGCAACUCUGCCUCCAUGUGAUCCUACUAUGGACUUGAUGAUUGAGGCCAAGGAUAAGGAGCAAGCUGUGUUUGAGUUGAUGCGAACCUUCAAAUUGCCCGGUCACAGUCUUGCCAACGACCUCCUGCCAUACAUACGCACUGACGAAAACCAACCAUUCAAACCACCCAAGAAGUCCAAGAAGAAGGGAGGCUUUGUCGACCUUGAAGGUACAAUACCCCCUCCACGUAUCAUACCCGACGAAGAAGUUGGCAUGGGCGGUCCCGAUGGCAGAGUCUACUGGCCUCGGGGAAUGGAGGAAUGGCUACGACCGGCAAAGAGGGUGGUGAAACCAAAGGCCACCCCGAGUCCCAAAAAGACAACCCCUAAGAAGGUGAAAACCGAGUGUGUUGCCGAUGAUGUCCCUUUAGACUCCACGGUCAAGAGAGAGACACCGGUGAAGAAGGCAGUGAAGAGCACCAAACGUACGCCUUCUGCUAGCAAUUCUCGCAGCAAACGAAAGGCCUCGGAGAUCGAGUCCACCCCUGAGCCAGAUGAGGCUGAAGAGCAAAUAAAUGCUUCAACUCCGGCCUCACCUUCUCGGAGAAGGUCUCGUGCCAAGAAAGUGAACUACAUCGAAGACAGUGCGUGA